CGCCAUCUCGCGUCGCCACGACACAUGUCAGAAACACCCCACAACGAUAACAAGUACAACAUGGCUGCCCGCGCCCUCGCAAGCAAGCUGCGCGAGAUCUCCACCUGCGAUAUCGGAGACACCCUCGUCAAGCUCGGCGUGCCCUCCGGCGGCCUGGUCCCCGACCUCAAGAUGUACUCGCCCCUCCUCGAGGCGGGCGACACGCGCAUCGCCGGCCCGGCGUUCACUGUCGAGAUCGUGCCCGUCUCUCACCCGGACAAGAGCAAGCCCGCGGAGCACUUUGUCGACGCCGCGCCUCCCGGAUCCGUCAUCUUCAUCUCCACGCCGCAGGGCACGCGCUCGGCCUGCUGGGGCGGCCUGAUGUCAGCCGGCGCGCAGACCAAGGGCGUCGUCGGCGCCGUGGUCGACGGCGGCAUCCGCGACCUCUCCGAGCAGCGCGCGCUCGGCUUCCCCGUGUUCGGGCGGCACCACAGCAUUCUCGGCCCGUCGACGUUUACGCGCGUGCGCGCCCUGCAGGCGACGCUCACGAUCGACACGUACCCGCCCCACGCGGAGCCGCGGUUCCCCAGCACGACGGUGCGCCCGGGCGACAUUGUCGUCGCCGACCUCGACGGCGUGGUCGUCGUCCCCGUCGAGCUGGCCGAGGAGGUCAUCGCCAAGGUCGGCCCCGCGGCCGCGGCGGACGAAAAGGUCCGCGCCGAUCUCCUUGCUGGCAAGGGCGUCGCUGAGAGCAUGCUCAAGUGGCGCGGCAAGGUGCCGUGAGUGCGGGGUCGAGGGAGAAGAGUAUGUAAACCAGGCCAACCACACCUGCAGACUUUGUAUGGAUGCAUGAUGGUUCUAGUUGUACAA